AUGCCGUCUCCCUUUCUGACGCCGGGCGUCAACGCCGGCGCCGACACUCUCGCCCUCCUCCAUCUGCGCCGCGACCAGAUCAUGCCGACAAUCCUCCGCACCUAUGACGAUCAGAACGAGGGCUACAGCGAGGGAAAGGUCUCCAACACUCGUUUCGGCUCAUUCCCGCACAGCACCAUGAUCGGCCAACCAUGGGGCUCCCAAAUUGCCGCCUCUAAGGUCGACACAGGCUCGCGCGGUCGCAAAGCAACCAAGCGCAAGGCGGAUGACCUUGAUGAGUCCACACCCGGAGCUGAUGAGGAGACAGCAGCUAGCUUCAAGCAGCCUGUGACUGCAAGCAGUGGCUUCCUGCACAUGACGUACCCGACACCUGAGUCAUGGACUCUAUCGCUGCCCCAUCGUACCCAGGUCGUCUACACCCCGGACUACAGCUAUAUCCUUCAUCGCUUACGUGCGCGCCCUGGUUGUACUGUCAUCGAAGCUGGUGCAGGAAGUGGCUCAUUCACUCACGCAUCUGUUCGCGCUGUCUUCAAUGGAUACCCUGGUGGCGAGCCUGCGACCAAGAAGCAACGGCUAGGCAAGGUGUGCAGCUUCGAGUUCCACGAGCAGCGCGCUCUGCGAGUACGAGAGGAGAUUACGGAUCACGGUCUGGACGGAUUGGUGGAAGUAACGCAUCGCGAUGUCUAUGAAGAUGGUUUCUUGCUCGGUGACCCCAAGACCGGCCGAUCUCCUCAGGCCAGUGCCAUCUUCCUUGAUUUGCCUGCGCCCUGGUUAGCUCUGAAGCAUUUGGUACGCAACCCGGAAUCCGGAGAGUCGCCCUUGGACCCCAAUUCGACAGUUUAUCUGUGCACCUUCUCUCCCUGCCUGGAGCAGGCCGAACGGACAAUUCGUACCAUGCGUAAGCUGUCGUGGUUGAACAUCUCGAUGGUCGAGGUGCAACACAACCGCAUUGACGUAAAAAGGGAACGCGUCGGACUGGACGCUGAGGGGGUCCGGGGUGCCACCGUUUUCCCCAGAACCGUUGACGAAGCCGUCAACAAGCUCCGGACCGAUGAACAACGUGCUAAGCGCUUCCGCUUGGCCCACAUGGAUGGCGAAGAGCAGUUUGCGGCUGCGAAAGACGACGAGAAAGAAAAGGCUGCGGCUGCGGCUGCUGCCCAGGGACCACCUGUUCCCGUGUACAAUAUGGGCCGUUUAACCCACCGCUCAGAACCAGAGCUGCGAACACAUACUUCAUAUCUGGUCUUUGCCAUCUUGCCCCGUGACUGGACCGAGGAGGAUGAGCAAAGAUGUCGUCAGAAGUGGCUUUCUGACAUAGCAGAGCUUCCCGAGGGCCAGUCAGGCAAGUCCAAUAAGCAGAUGAAGCGAGAGUUCAAGGCCCUCCGCAUAAAAGAGGAACAAGAGAAAAAGGCACAGGCUAAACAGGAUGCCGGGGUGGAACCUGCGGCGAACCCCGAGACAAAAGAGCUCUGA